AUGAUGCUGCACUUUUUUAUAGGUUGCACCAAUAAAGUUCGUUUGACGGAUGUGACAACGUUAACCUUGCACCAGGGCCAAUACACCACUGGACGAAGAUCGCCUUCAAUUCCACAGAUUCAGUGUGUUGUGCAAUGUUACAAUAGGGGUUUCGAUGGUUUGGAUGUUCAGUGGGAAUGCAAAGCCGAGAUGAGCGAUGAGUAUGAAUUUGGCAAGGUAACUGGUAUUCAUUGUCAGAUUUAG